CAGGUUGUCACUUUUCUGUGACUGAUGCUGACUAUCUUCUAACUUGAGCCUCUUUUCUCAUACCCAUAAACGAUCUCUGGCUUCCAACACUUCUACGUUUUAUUGUGAACCUCUGCUUCUGCACUUGGACAGGAACACUGAAUAUAGCUAUAUGCAACUUUUACUGUGCACGUGCAUGAAGUCUGUGUUAGUGUAUACACUGAAAUCGGUCUAAAAACCCGUGAUCUAGCACCGAUCUUCUUCCCGACUUCUAACAUAUUCACCUUCAGUUCAACCAGACGAUGUGUUGUACGGGCAAUUCCGUCCCGGUUGGGUACAAGUGGCUGCGACGUUUCGUUUUCCGGAACCAUUAUACCAGAAGCUCGCUUUACAUUUUGUUUCUCACUUUUCUAUGCUAUUCACUCUACCAUGCGUCGAGGAAACCGAUCAGCGUGGUCAAAGGUGUACUACACAAUUCGAUGUUUCCAAUUUCACCUAACAAUCCUACUUUGGUCCAAGGGUGGAUCCCUUUCGAUCAAGAAAAUUGGAGCCAAUUGGUUGGUGAGCUGGAGUAUGCUUACCUGUUCACUUACGCCUUGGCCAUGAUUGGCAGUGGCUACGUUGCCGAACGUAUGAAUAUUCGCUACUUCCUCACACUCGGGAUGUUUUUGAGUGGCAUAUGUAAUAUAGCUUUCGGUGCUGCUCAGUAUUUUGAGAUUCAUCAAUAUCAUUACUUUUUGUUUAUCCAGUUACUUUCAGGCGUUGUCCAAGCAACGGGAUGGCCAGCUGUUGUUACACUAAUGGGCAAUUGGUGGGGCAAAAAGAGGCGUGGCUUCAUAAUGGGUGUCUGGAAUGCGCACACAAGUGUCGGAAAUAUUGUGGGUUCACUUAUAGCCGGCCACUACGUCGAAUCCGAUUGGGGUGCCUCUUUCAUCGUUCCUGGUCUACUUCUCAUGACGGCGUCUGCUCUGGUAUUUCUGACUUUGGUCGAUCGCCCGGAAACAGUACAGCUCCAUCGUCUUCGUACGUGCGAGUCGCCGCGCGGUAACCCGGAUAGUGCAUCUGCACUGCAUCCACCCGAACCGUCUUCACUCACAUUCAAUGAAUCAGAAAGCAUGGACAUCCUUUCUCCCCCAGUCCAGUACAAUAAGCGAGCCGUCACUUUCUCUGAGGCCCUUCUGUUACCGAACGUGUUGGCCUUUUCUCUCCUGCUCUUCUUCACCAAACUUGUAUCAUACACGUUCCUCUAUUGGUUGCCAAAUUAUCUCGCCGCUGUUGUUGGUGAUGGUUCGCCGCUGACCGCCGAAAGAGCUGCUCAGUUGUCCGUGGUCUUCGAUGUUGGAGGUAUUCUCGGUGGAAUACUAGCUGGACUCUUAAGUGACUCACAAGAUCGCGACGCAUAUGCCAUUACCAGCCGCCGCGCAGUAACAUGCUGCAUCAUGUUGGCCGCCGCCGUGCCUUCAAUGCUACUCUACCAGACCGUGUCGUUCUCAGUUGGCGUUCUUUCCGUAGUUUUGCUCUUCUGUUGUGGCCUUUUUGUGAACGGUCCAUACGCGCUGAUCACCACUGCGGUAUCUGCGGAUUUGGGGACACAACGAGUUCUCCAUGAUCGUGCCCGGGCCUUGGCAACAGUAACAUCCAUCAUUGAUGGUGCCGGAUCGUUUGGUGCAGCCUUCGGUCCGUUUCUCACUGGUAUUCUGGUACCUUAUGGCUGGUCUGCCGUAUUCCACCUACUGCUUUUCUCCGACCUCAUUGCCCUAUGUAUCGCUGUGUGCAUUUACUGUCGGACACGCAGAUCAUAUGCAUGUUGAGGAGGCGGCAGCUCACGCGUGUAACAGCGCGUGAUAUUUUGAUUCUCCCAUUUCCUCUUUGCCGUGCAUUGUCUUUUUACUUCGCUUUUAUCCUCCAUGUGCAUACCACUACUUCGAAAUGUGCAAACAACUUGUGAUAUUUCUGUUUUCGCACAACAUCUGUGACGGAUUUAGUUUUUCCAAACCUUUUCUUUUUGAAGCUUUUUUAUUGGGGUUUGCUCAGUCUACUGACUAAUGUGGUCUUUGUUGAUUUUGUUACGCAUUUUUUGUUUUAACUCGCGGUUUCCAUAUGAUCCUGGAUCCAUUUUGAUGAUGGUCUUGGUUAGUUUGACUACUGCGGUCGUGUCCGAAGUAGACAUUCUCUCCGUCCCUUCCCUUCGCUGCCAGUUUUUACACGAUCUCCAUGGCGACGAACCUAGCCUCCUGAUUUCUGCUGUCCGCGAAGCCACACAGUCUAUUUGUCAUGGCAUUAUUCGACAACCAUUGCGUCCGGUGUUCAUAAAACCAAGCUCUGUCUAUGACUGGUGGAUAUCACUCGCAUCUUGCCUGCUGAUGUAUCCGUUUGGUUUCACAGCAUUUGGUACAUUUUCUCGACAGUCUGGUUUUCAUAAUUUACGUCCUAGUAGAAUACACAGUUUAUGUUCGCC